GUCGAGUUGGAAGUUUAUAAAAAUUUGUUUAACUAAUGUGGCAGAAAUUCAGUAGGCCACAAGCGGUCCGACAAGGCAGACGUUGAUUCUCUGGCGCGGCAGUUGGAUGCGAGUCUUUUAACGGACAAUCCUGGUUCUCCUGGUGAAGAACGCGUACUGAAGGUAGAUCGCUAUCAGCUGUCGUAGAGGAAGAACGUAGAACGGUGAUAAGUGCUAGGUUUGUUCUAGGACGUGUACAUUUUCGAACCGGAAAUGCAUCGCAAGUGAUAUUUUGCAGUCAAGUGGUAAAAUAUUGUUAGUCUUGUGAGAAAGUUUCCCGACAACGACCCUUUAGGUCGUUUAGACCAUCCUCAACCGAACCCAGUUUGGGAGGUUUUCGACGAACCGCUGGAAAGAUAAAGUGCCGUAUCUGGUUGCACCUCAAGUGGAAGAAGUAAUUAAAAAAAAAACCGACUUGCGAAAGGAAAAACCGUUGUGAACAAAGCAGUAAGAGUAAUACCGACACACAAUAAGUGCCCAACUGUGUCCCGUCAUAAGAGUGUUUGGAUGUUAAGUGGUGCGUGGAGUUACAAUUAAGAGGAAAACGAGAGGGGAAAAAAGAACAGCAGGAGAAGUGUGUGUAGGAAGUAACCAUAAACUGGACCAGCCGACAUAACCGGAUAGACUUUCCUGCGGACGGAAAAGACAAGACGGACUGCAAGAUGAAGCUGUUCAUUGUGUUGAUUGCCGUGUUGGCAUUGUAUCAACGCGUUGAGGCGCAAAAUGCCACAUCAAAGGCGACAGACGCAGACAGUAGCGCUUCCGAAAAGGAGGAAGUUAAGGAAAAAGCUACCGAAGAAAAGACGAAAGAGACCACCAAUGUCGAUGCCCGCGGAAAGCGAAACUUGGAAUUGGGAAAUUAUGGUUACAACUACUACAAGACGGUUCCGUAUCGAGCGGAUCGUCGUAUUUCGAACGCCUACCAAGACUCCCGGCCACAAUACUAUACCAACUAUGUUCACCACCCACAGUCGCUAGUCGGACCUCCACAGUCCCACCAGUACCAUGGUUUCCAGAGUGAUGUCUCCAACUCCGUCAACAACUACCAGCCACUGCCCCCAUCGGGGCCACAUCACCAUCAUCCAGUCUACUUGGAAGCCCCAGAACCGAUCAUUGAAAUCAUCAUCAAGGAAAGCAAUGAAUCGACUCCAUACGAACAUCAGUCAGUUGUUCCUUCUCAGAAGAAGAAGAAGGAAGAAGUGCAAGUGUUCUACGUAAAGUACCACAAAGACGACAAGCAUGGAAUCGUGCUGGAUUCACCAGUUCCUGCUUUGAAACCACUGCCUGACGAGAGCGAAGAAGAAGUUGAUGAGAGCUCAUAUCACGAAGAGCCUAUCGUGGUUACGCCGAGUCCUCCACAGAAAACGACCACCCUCCGAGCUAUCAUUAACCCUGAUUCGGAAAAAUACCACAGCAACAGCGGUAUCCGCAUUUCAUUCGGUGUUGAAGACAAACAUCAGUCUGGACAUCAGAUCUCAGAAUCGGAAAGUGAAAGUGUUGCUCAGCCAGUCGUAGCUUUGCCGCAAGGACACGUUUUGCCUCAACUUCAGGCACAGACGCAACCACAGCAUCAGGUAGCUCAUCAGCAGCCCCAGCAGCAACAACCACAAGCCUACCAUCAGCAUCAUUCUAGUCAACAUAAGGCUGAUCAAUUCUACCAACAGCAUCAGCAGUUCCUUCAACAGAGAUCCUUCCCAACAGCAGCUCCGUUUGCUUCUCAACCUCAGUACCAUCAGCAACCUCCUCAACCUCAUCAAAACUUUGUCCAGAACUUCGGACCAUCUACUCCCGUUCCCCAAUACCGUGCUCAGCCCCAAUACCAAUUCCAACAGUUCCCCCCUCAAUCUCACCGAUUUCAACAAUUCGAUCAGAACAGGAACUACGUUCAACCCCAGCCACAACAACAAUUCAGAGGACCUGUUGCACAACCUCAGCAAUACGUACAGCAACCUCGCCAACAAGUACACUUCAAUGCCCCUGUAGCUCCACAACCCCAGCCUCAACCCCAAGCACAAUCUCAACCCCAAUUCUUCCCACAAUCUCAACAGCUUCGUCAACAGCAGCCUCAAGAGUACCAACAACAACAUGCUCAACCUAAACCCAUCCCAAUUCCUCUGCAUAACAUCAACAACCAACCUCCUCUAAGACAACAAUAUUCCCAAGCUCCUCAGCAAAAUCAAUUCAACCAACCCUUCAACAAUUUCCACAAGAACCAACAAACUCUCCAACCACCAAAGCCUUCUCUUCACAAUCUCCCUCCUCCGCCUCCACAGCAACCCCAACCCCAGCAAACCCGUUUCCAAGACAACAACUUCUCUUCUAACCGCGGUAACUUCAUUGAAAACCCUCGUCCUGUUCAAGGAGGACUUGUUCAGCAGGCAGCUCCCAACCUAAGCACCACCCGCACCCCGAACUAUCCUACAAAUGCCGCUGAUCAUCACAACAACCUCCGUAACAUUCUCCCGGCUGGUGGUGAACUCGUUCAAAGCGUUCCCAAGUACGAAUCCCACAUCACCGAGCACAUUAAGUCCGACGGUCAGAAGCAAAGCUUCCUUUCCACCCCCACCUUCAACAUCCAACCAUCCCAAGAACUAAUCAGCCACUCGGUAGCCCCACAAUACGAAAACACCAUCCCGAAGAACUACGGCCAAUCUAGUGCAGCUCCUCCUCUUCCAACUCCCCAGCAAUACAUUAGCAAACCCCUCCCCACGCCUCAGAUCAUCCCGAACUCCGAACCGAUCAACCAAAGCCUGCGGGUAGCCAACCAGGUCGCGCAGCUCAUUAAUGUUGCUCCGCGAAACAACUUCCAGCACCAGCAGCACCAACAGCAGCAGCAGCAACACUCUCAACCUCAAUCUACUCCUCAACCGCAGCGUCCUCAACCGGCCCACCAAACCAACUUCGUCUGGAACGGCGGUGCCACCUUCGCGUCCUCCCCCAAGCCUCAACAACAGUACCACUCGCAGCACCAGCAACAGCAAUCCCAGCCCACGUUUGGAACUCGCACGUCCUCAACAUUCUCCAGGACCACUCCUCUCCUCCCAACAACUCCCAGAACCACCACAACUCAGCGUCCAUCCACCACCUCGGCCCCGGUAGCCCCUGUCAACACGGAAAAGAAGCAGAAAGCCAUCCUCGACCUCCCCGACGAGGUCCCCGAUGACAUCCGUCAGCAUCUUCUGUCCUCCGGAAUCCUCGACAACGCCGACAUCAGCGUCCUCGACUACGACAAGCUGGGAGAAACCGCUCUGGAAAACCUGCCCCCAGAGCAUCUGGCUAACUUCUUCAGUUCCGGAGGUGCCUCGCAGAUUGCCGGUUCCAGCAACGUCGUCUCCGUCGUCAAGCCGAACGGCGAUAAGGUAGCCGAGAAGUUCAUCUCCAAAAACUACGACGUCAAAGACAAGCGCUCCAAGUACGACCUGCCAUCGUACGAAGAACAGCCUCAAAUCACCAUGCCAGAGAAGCAGAACGUUGACCUGAAGGUGGUGCGAUUCGACUCGUCCAGCCAGAAGAACGUCACCGAUCGGUACAUCAAGAACGAUUCCACCAUCUUGCCAUCGGUUGACGUCGCUGCGGAAGGAGCGAACACCGAGCAGAACGACCAGACCUACAACCGGUACCUGCCCCUCAAGAUCAACGGAGCGCAGUUCCCGAUUCCGGAUGCGGUCGAGCUACGUGGGCGUCGUAUUUCCAGCGUGGUCGUUCUCGCCCCGGUGGACAACAUCAUGCCGAACAAGAACUUUGUGAUCAAUGCCGAAGCGGAGGGAUCGGUGAUUUCGAACGAGGAUGACGACGGGGAACAGUCAUCUCGUUUUGAGCGGGAUACGCUGCUGGAUUCGCAGAAGGUCAAGUUCAUUGCCGGGGAAGCGCUGAAGCAGCUGAUCAAGAAGCCAUCGACGGAGAACUUCAAACGGUGGCUAGAACGCGAGGGCAAAACCGACAUCGAUCUGCAGAGCGUUGUGCUUCUCGUUACACGCAACGAGAACGACGACCAGGAGAUCUUCAUGUACGACAUUGCCACCAAGGGAGUGACCCACCUGAACGGUGAACUGUCCCAAGCAUUCGUCAAGGUGGCCGAAGAGAACGCCCAAACGCAGAACCUGGAGGAACUGCCCGUCGUCGACAGCGGAAUUGUGGAACAGAUGGGUGCCGCAGCUAAGGAAGAUCAACAGGGCGAGGAGUCCUCGUACGAGGAAGAGUUCGAACAGGAACAGGAGUCGGACGAACAGGCGGAUGCUUCCGAGCAGAAACCGAUCUACGUGUAUCCGAUCAACAGCAAGUACCGGAGGGUGCAGAUCAAUUCGGGGUACAGCAGUAUCAAGAACUAGGCGAACCUCCAAGUGCCAAUCCUCUGAGCCGUUAAUGACGUUGAUGUAAGAGAGAAAGAGAGAUGAUUGAUUGCGGCGUAGAAGAGCGUGUGCGGAAGCCAAUCAAACCCUUAUACAUAGUUCAAAUUUCUUCUUGUUUAGAGCUAGCUAGAGUAGCGAGUAGAGAACACAAAAGUUGGAUUUCCCCGCUGCCCGAUGAAUGCAAGUGCGUGUGAAUGCUUUUUAGGUUUUUUCUUAUAGUAAAUUUCUAUCUUUAAAGUAUUACAAACAACGAUUUCGACAUCGCUGCACGCUAAAACAAUGCCACUCAAAGCUUGAGUUUAACUUAUUCUGACAUCGACAAAUCUUUCGGUUUCUUACUCAUUUAAGUGAGCCAAGAAACAAUGAUUUAACGAUACACGAGUAAGAAUAACUCAGACUCUAAGCGGAAUCAGCGUGCAGCAAAAGUAACCGUGAAGGACACCUUCGCCCAGCGAAGCACCUUCACCCAAACAAACGAAAGUUAAGCAGACUAAAGAUUUUCUGUUUCUGGUUACAAAACAUCUUAUGUACAUAGAACCUAUCAAUAGGAAAAGCAAAAGUCUUCCUCGGGAGGGGAGCCAAUCUGUUCGAAAGUUGCCAGACAUAGAAUGUUAAACCAAUAAUUUCCGAGGAAAACCCGCGGGUUUCGGACCCACUAAAAUGUAAUUGUUAGCGAUGUAGUUCGAACGUUCUGUUAAGGCUUAACCACCAUAGAAGCAAUAGGAAGCAGAGUUUCAAACUCAAGCUGUUAGUUAGCAAGCAGCCGCAAAAUGACAACAAAGUCAGUAGGAUUAGUGUAGAAUGGCGAGCCAACAAAAAAGGGGAAGCUCAGUUGUAGGGUAGAUAAUUCUUGGAAUGAAAUCAAAAUUGUUGCGAACGAGAGUACCUAUUUAAUUAAAUUAUGAUAUGUUGUAAAAAUCUCUACCACAAACUCCUACAGGAACACUUACUUUAUGUUAUGAAACACUUUCAAAAUUAUCCGUGUCAAUUUGUGUCGCUCUUUUUUCGGGUACACUUUUUCUUAAUCCAACUUCAAAUCAUAUCCUUUAAGAAAUCAAAAUGACAUUUCAGCUCUAAGCCUUUUUCCAAGAUGCUCUGUAACUGCUAAAUCUUAUCUAAAUAAAUAAAUGAAUAUUGAUGCAAACAUUUCUGUAUGAUUUA